GGUCUGAAACCCAAAGCUCUGAAGCUCAAACCCACACGGAGGAGGUUUUCCAUUGGUGGUGGGGGCAGCUCCUCAGCUGGGGAGAGAGGGUGAUGCUUUUCUUCAUACACAGAGAACAAUCUGACUGCUUCCAGCUGCUGGUCUGUUCACGGAGAGGAGUUUAAACUGACACACCUGGAUUUACUGACAGCUCUGUUUUCUGCAGGAUCACACUAAAGCAGCAGCUCCUGCUUGUGGAUCUGAUCAGAACCAUGAAGGUCCUCCUCUUGUUCUGCCUGCUGACUUUAGGCAGCAGUAAACCCUACCAGCCCAUCAACAUAAUGGACCUCAUGAAGAGCUAUGACAUCAUGAUGGCAGACUCUGAUGAAGAUGAAGACGAUGAUGAUUAUGAUGACGAAGACUGUCCCGCCCACUGUCGGUGUUCUCCAGGAGUGGUGCAGUGCUCCGAUCAGGGCCUGAUUUCUGUUCCAGAGAAGAUUCCUGAAGACACGGUGAUGAUCGACCUCCAAAACAACGACAUCACUGAAAUACAAGAAGAUGACUUUAAAGGCCUCAACAAGCUUUAUGGUCUGUUUCUCAACAACAACAAAAUCUCCAAGAUCCACCCAAAGGCCUUCAGGAACAUGGACCACCUCAGACUGCUUUAUCUGUCCUACAAUCUGCUGACUGAGAUCCCAGCGAACCUGCCUCCCAACAUCAUCGAGCUGCGCUUCCAUGAAAACAACAUCAACAGAAUCCAGAAGGAUGCCUUCAAAGGCCUCAGGAAGCUGCAUGUGCUGGAGCUGGGAGCCAACCCGCUGGCCAACAGCGGGAUGGAGCUGGGGUCCUUUAACGGCCUGUCCACCCUCUACAUCGGAAUAGCCGAGGCCAAACUGACCGAGGUGCCAAAAGACCUCCCAGCAUCCAUCACCGAGCUCAGCCUGGACUACAACAAGAUCUCAAAGGUGGAGGUGGAGGACUUGAUGAGAUACAAAAACCUGAAGAGGUUAGGACUGGGCUUUAACCAGAUCCGGUCUGUUGAAAACGGAAGUUUCACCAGCAUCCCAAAUAUCCAUGAGAUCCACCUGAAUCACAACCGUUUGAAGAAGGUUCCACCAGGUCUGGGAUCCCUGCGCUUCCUCCAGGCGAUUUUCCUUCACGGCAACAAGAUCAGCAACGUAGGAUUCAAUGACUUUUGUCCCAAGUCUGUGAGCAUCAAGAAGAACCCGUACUCAGCCAUCAGUCUGUUCGCUAAUCCCGUUAAAUACUGGAACAUUCAGCCAGCCACCUUCCGCUGUGUGAUCAGCCGGAGGGGUGUCCAGCUGGGAAACUUCAGGAAAAAGUAGAAAAGAAGAAAAGGAAGACGCUCCGUGUGAUUCUGAUGUGUGUUGUAAUAAGCUAGCACAGCCCACACCAGCAUCUGAGCAGUUACUGAGAACAGCGCCACAUGCUGGUCACUCCAGGAAAACCGCUUUGUAACCAAAGCUCUGUUAUUUACUUACAAGUAAAAAUAUUAUUUAGAAGAAAAUUUGGGUAGAAAACGUUUGAACGUGUCUCUGCUGCCUUCUGAAGAGAUAGUAUGACGUCAUUUUACCAAAUCUUUAUGGUUUUCUAUGUUGAGACAUGAUCUUCACCACAGAAGAGUCUGGAUCUGCACAGCUGUGAUCUACACCUACACAUGCUCACAAUCUUCUGUUUGAGGCCCGUCUCCAUUCAUACAACACCUGCUGGUUUCAGAUCAGAUCAGAUCAGAGACUGCUUUAAGGUUCCUCUGCAGGGCUGAGGUUCCUCAUCUACAGUCCUCAUUUUUAAUCAUGUGACUGGACUACAGGUAGUUUCAGAAAGAUAAGCAGGUAAAGUGUCUUCUGUUUGAAUGUCUCAUCUCCUCUGAAAUGGUGCUAUAUUUAUUAAGGAUGUCUUUAAUAAACCCGAAACACCUCAAACGAAAA